AGUAUGUAAUUCAAGGAGGUGUGGCAUAGAAGUGGGGUCAGCAAGACGGGAGAGUGUAUGAACCGUGAGUUUCAGCCUAAUAUUUUGUGUUGGUGUUUUCGAGCUAGCGAAAGAGUUCCACGUUCGUGAGCAGCUGAAAAAUAACAAUACCGGCUGCAAUGACUGCUCGUAGGGAAACACAGUUUUCUGAAGGAGGGAAAAGUAAAUGUGUCAUAAAUGGAAAUGGAACCUCUCAAGGACAAUGGGGCAGAGCCUGGAAAGUUGACUGGUUUUCUUUGGGAAGUGUCAUCUUUCUACUCCUGUUUGCACCCUUCAUUGUGUAUUAUUUUAUAAUGUCGUGUGAUCAGUACAAUUGUUCUCUAACUAAGCCAGCUAUUGACUUGUUCACGGGAAAAGCCCACCUCUUGGAUAUCUGGAACAAGACGCCACCAUUGACUUGGAAAGCUGUGACUCUCUAUAUUACUUGGGUAAUUUUCCAGGCAUUUUUGUUCAUGCUUCCUGACUUUUGCCACAAAUUUCUUCCUUGGUUUCGAGGAGGAGUACAAGAAGGAGCUAUGACGCCUGCUGGCAUAGUACUCAAAUAUGAGAUCAAUGGACUUCAAUCCUGGCUUAUCACACAUGUACUCUGGUUUGCAAAUGUCUUCCACUUCCACUGGUUCUCACCCACCAUCAUUUUUGACAAUUGGAUUCCACUCUUAUGGUGUGCAAAUAUCCUGGGCUAUUCAGUGUCAAUAUUUGCAAUGAUAAAAGCCUACUAUUUCCCCUCUGAUGCAAAAGAUUGCAAAUUCACUGGUAACUUCUUCUACGACUUCAUGAUGGGAAUUGAAUUUAAUCCUCGUGUAGGAAAGUGGUUUGAUUUCAAACUGUUUUUCAACGGCCGCCCAGGCAUUAUAGCAUGGACUCUUAUUAACCUCUCUUAUGCAGCAAAACAGCAAGAAUUAUACGGACAAGUAACUAACUCUAUGAUACUUGUCAAUAUCUUGCAGAGCUUAUACAUUUUGGACUUUUUCUGGAAUGAAGCCUGGUAUUUGAAAACAAUUGACAUCUGUCAUGAUCACUUUGGAUGGUACCUGGGCUGGGGAGACUGUGUCUGGCUUCCUUAUCUCUAUACUCUGCAGGGACUAUACUUGGUUUACCACCCUGUUCAGCUUGCCACAGGCAGUGCAAUUGGAAUUCUGCUACUGGGUUUAGCAGGCUACUAUAUCUUCAGAAUGACCAAUCAUCAGAAAGAUCUCUUUCGUCGCACAGAUGGCAACUGUAAAAUCUGGGGCAAGAAACCUAAUUACAUUGAAUGCUCCUAUAUGUCCACAGAUAAGACCAAACACUAUAGCAAGUUGCUGACUUCCGGAUUCUGGAGAGUUGCACGCCAUUUUAACUAUACAGGAGACUUGAUGGGCUGCCUGGCGUACUGCUUGUCUUGUGGCUCUGAGCACAUCCUGCCUUACUUCUAUAUAAUUUACAUGACCAUUCUUCUGGUUCACCGUUGCAUCAGGGAUGAACACCGAUGCUCCAGCAAGUAUGGCAAGGACUGGAAGGAGUAUACUGAUGCAGUACCUUACCGGCUAUUUCCAGGGAUCUUUUAAAUGCUUAACUUUAGACAUAAAAAGUAUAUUUUUGGAGCGCAUGUAUGAACUGUACCUUUUUUGUGGAACAAGUUCUGAAGUCCUAAAAAGGUCUGGCAACAGAGAUAUCCUUUUGGCCCAUCUGAUGGGACAUGAUCCUCAUAUCUGUUAAGAUCAUUGCACCACUAAAAUGAUCUAACUUUUUUGUUUUUUAAAAAGGUUUAAUUCUGCACUGAUUUGUGUGUGUAUCCAAAUAAGCUUCAGGUUAAAAAGUCACAUCUUGAGGUAUGUUCAGAUGUUCACCUUGAGCAUAAACCUUCUAAAGUGUUUCAUGGACAGGAAUGCACAUGUACGUUUGUCCCCAGUGUCAUGUGCGUCUUUUCCUCCACCCGAGUUCCUGACCUUCAUGUUGCGUGUGGAAGGUUUGCAGAGGGCUUCUACUUGAAUUUGCUUGAAAGUGAGAAGGGUCUGCAUGAUGGGACUGGGACCAUGCAUUAUCAAGGUCCCUGACUGCAAAGAGGUUUCUCUUUGUGUUCAAGGCCACCCAAGUAGAACCCCCUAGUAGACCUUACUUGGACAUCACAAGGAAGGUCAGGAACAGGAGGCGGGCAUGAUACAUAAGAGGACGCUGAGACAAGGGUUUACAAGUGCAAUGAUAUUGAGGGGCAGGGGUUAAGUAUGUACCACUGCUCCUGUCCACUCAGAGCAUUUGUGUGUGCAUGUAUGUUUGGUUAUAAUUGAAUCCAUUCUGUUAUUUCAUUAUGGAGCAGUGUCCACGGGACAAGAUGGUGAUAAACUGGCCCUUUAAAACUGCUUACUCUUCACUGCAGUUUGUACAAUGCUGCUUCUGGGUAGUUAUUAUCUGUGUUGCAUUGCUCUGGGUGAGCUAUAAAUGAACAAAACUCCCCUUGCAUUCCCAUCUGAUGAUCCAGUCCUCAGAAGGGCUUAUUGUAGCUUCAUCAGAAAUUUUGGAGCCAUGGUAAAACUCUAAAUGCAUACUAAAUAAAUGCAUACUACUGGGCUUCUACUGGAAGGGCAGGAUAUAAAUUUAAUAAAUAAUAAAUAAAUAAAAGUAAAUUACUAGCUAAUGAGGGGACAUGAUUUUCAUACUUUGUGGCUGUGUUGGUAAAAGGUCUGUAUGAGUUCUUAUGUUAAUUGUAAUAAAAAUAGCUUUUAGAAA